AUAUGAUUAUUUUUUUGAAAAAGUAAAGUUAUAAUAAAAUUUUAAUCUCAAAUCAAAUUUAUUUUGGAAAAAAAAGAUGAAAAAAAUGUUGUUUAAGAAUAAAAUAAUCUCCAAAACAAUUUUUCGAAUAUUAUUUUGUCUAAGUUUAUCCACCUUUAUAUUGUCGCUUCUCAUAUUUUUAAUGUCACCGGGAAUGACAGUAGAACGAAACCAUUAUAUUUCUAGAUUCAAAAUUAUCUCGAAUGCUUAUAACAAAUUGUAUUACUCAAACUUAGCCAUUAAUUUCCUUAGAUUCUCUACAAGAAUCGCGGUAUUGAACUUUCAAAGAAGUAAAAUGACAGUAACAAAGAGUGAAAAUAAAUAUCGCGCAAAACGAUCAGAGCAAUCCUUGCUUUCCAAUUGUGGUCAAUUCAGUACUUUGGACAACAUGCCAUCAAUAUUUGAAUAUAAGAGUGAUUGCUAUUACCUUUUUAGUCAGGAUUCGCAAAAAAUGAAUUGGUCGGAUGCUAAAGGCUAUUGCAAGUCUAGAAACACACAAUUAAUCCAUUUUAAAGGUCAGCAGCUUGCUGGUUAUCUAAAAGAAAUUCUGAAAAAGCGAUUUGAAGAUAUAACAUAUAUUACUUUAUGGGUAGAUGGUCCUAUUGUAAAAUCCACCGAUCCCAUGCCAUUUGAAGAUUCUUGUCAUGAGUUAAGAUUCGUUUCGAAUAAUACCGAAAGUGCUGAGCCCACUACGACAGAAAUAUCACAAGAGGUGAUGGGUAAUAGUCCAGUUAUAUCAUGGAUGAAGCCGCAAGUCGUGAAUUACCUUAGGGAUUCUAAAAAAUGCAGUGAUAAAAAGUAUUUUGCUUGUUACAAGACGCCCGUUCAUGUGAAUAUGUCAGAAGUGAUUGAAUCUGUACCGCUAACUACUUGCAAUACAAUUUUGAGGAUUACCCAACAAAGACCAGUUUUAUAUUAUAAGAGUCCAGAAUUUAGUGAAUUACAAGACCUGAUAAAUAAUAAUAUUCUUAACUGUGAUAUCUUGAUUUUCAACACGUAUCCCCAAGCUAUAUUAAAUAUUGAGUUUUUAAAGUUGAAUUUAGAAAAAAGCGAAAGGUGUCAAAACAGUUACCUAGAAGUUAGUACCUACGAUGAUAUGGGUGCCUUAUCAAACAAUCUCUCUACACAAUUCAAUAAACUUAAAAUUAACGAUUAUAGUGCAUAUAAAGCCAUAAUGUAUAGCAAUACAUUCGAGUCCGCUAAUAUAGAAUCAAAUAAAUAUUGUGGGGAUUGGGAGUCUAACAUUAAGCUAUUAAAAUUUCAAAGUUUUAAGCCUCGUCUUAAAAUGCAUUUCUUCGCAAAGCACAUUGCACUAAAAGGGGAUUACACAAAGGGAUUUGGGUUUAAAGCUUACUUGGAAAUAAAUAAGGGAUUUAAACAUGAGAGGCAAAAGCCAAAAAAGAUUGACUUCCAUAAUCAAAUUGAGGGCAGUUAUUCAAGCUCAAAUUACCUGUCUACACCGAGAUACCAAAAUAACGCCGAUAUAGAUAUCAAUAUACGCAUGCCUGAUCUCAAUUAUCGAAUAGAAAUCAGCUUUGUUUUUAUCGAUAUAGAAUAUCAAAAAUAUUGUCUUUACGACUAUAUAAGUAUUUCCGACUCCGACACUCCUAUCAAGGGUGAAAACGACGAUAUACGUAUAUGCGGAAAACUGUAUUUCUUAUCUCGGCAACAUGAUAACCUAUAUUAUUCUUCCUCUCAUUUAAAUAUUUUCAACGACGACACUUUCAAUUCUAAAAAUGAUUAUUUCAAUGGGCCGAACUAUAAAAAUUACAAUAGCAUUUCCCUUAAUAACAGCACAUUGAGCAUAGUUAAUCUACCUAAAAUUAACUUCAAUGACAAUGAUCAAGAUAAAUAUUUUGUAAGAAGCAUUAAAUCUGCCCCCAUUACGCUUUCCGGGGUAAACCCGUUAACAUUUUUAAGCUUCGAAAAUAAGAUGAGCGUUAAAUUUAGAUCUGAUUCAUCACUGAACGAAGGGGCUGGCUUUUUAUUAAAGUGGAAAGGAAUUGACAUGCGAGACUGCGAUAACCUAUAUAUCAAAGUGGUGCCUGGAAUCAUUUAUGAGAAUAAAAACGAAGAUAUAUUAUUAGAAGAUAUAGGUAAUAAUUAUAAUAAUAAUAUGAAUAAAGGAGAAGUCAUAAAUGAUACUCGGGGUUCUAAUCAAGUUGCAAAACUUAUUAUUGAUAAAAGCGUCAAAAAAAUGCAAAACAAAAUAAUGCCCGCGAUCUUUAAUUAUUUUAAGAGUUUCAACAGGAUUGAUAUACCUUACCUAAAAUGCGCCACGACUUUAUUCAUUAAUAAUUCAAACUCAGAACCAACUACGAAUAAUAAAACUGCCAGCAUUAGUAAAAAUGAGAAUGCUAAGGAUAGAAUAUUGAUAAAAUUCUCGAGCAUUAAUUUUGACGAGGAUAAUCGUCAUACCUCUUGUUUGGAAGAAUAUUUUCUGAUUGAGCUUAGCAAUCCGCAAAUCAGACUAAGCGAUCUAAAUCAAAAUAUUUAUACUAAUCAUUAUUUUAAACUUAAUAAUAGGACUAAUCAUUAUAAUAUCUCACUGAACAACUCCAAUAAUUAUGUUAACAGCUCUCUUAAUUUUAUCACCUCUACAAGAGGAAUUGAUAAGUACGAGUCACAAAAAAUGAUUGUAUGUCCGGACAAAAUCAAUGAUUGGAAUUUUAAAUACUUCGUGUCAUAUUCGAAUGUAUUAAGAUUCCAUUAUAUCAAAAAUACUAGAGAAAAUUACGUUCUAGAUUAUAUGAUAGCAUAUCGCCAUGUUCAAAAGGUAAGAAUAAAUGUGACGAUAUCGAUAAACCAUUCAAACAGUGAAAACAAUUAUUUGACUACUUUAAAUUAUCCUAAUCCAAUUCCUAGUGACACGAUUCACAGCAUACUGUUAAGAUCGGACGAAAAGGCCAAUAUUCACUUGUACACAAAAGGCCUCUAUUAUGACAGUUCCUUUAUAAAAUUAAAAGAUGAUAAAUGCGCAAAUAAAUUAAUAAUCGAGGAUCCUUUCCUACUUCUUAAAGAAAAUGACAGCGGCUACACUCCAAUGAAAAAGAUUUAUUGCCUCAAAUCUAUAAAUAAUAUUAAUCGAAGUGGAGAGGACAUCAUAAAUAAUAAUGAUAUAAAUAUUAACAGAAAUGAAUUAUCUCACGUUAUAACUUCGUUUAUGCAUGCUCUUAUAUUAAGAAUCCAUUCUGACUCGCAUUUCUCAGCGUCUCCAUUCAUUUUAUACUGGGAACUUAGCAAAGAUAAUGACUUCGAGAUAAAAUCUAAAGCAUCUACACUUUCGCAACUCCCAAAUCAUAAUUUAUGCGCCAACGGGGGCAAUUAUACUAUCAAUCAAUGCGAAUGUAAACCUCCAUAUUCAGGCAAAUUUUGUUUGAAUCAUCCCUGCGAGUCUCAAAAUUGUAAUUUUGGCGUUUGCAUCAUAAAGGACAACACCUAUGCAUGUGAAUGCGACAAAUUUCACGUGGGAUCAAAGUGUCAAUACGAAAUUUGCGAUGCAAAUAUAUGCAAUUCUCAGGGGAUUUGCCAAUUAUCGUUAAACGAAACAGAAGUUUGUAAUUGCUAUGGUGGAUACACAGGAAGCACAUGCGAAUUGAAAUUACCUAUAAUAAAGGUAUUGACACCGUCCGAGAAAUUUUUCCAAGAACCAUUUUGGAUGGGUAUAUUUUUGGUGAUUAUAGUGCUCAUCAUAUUGGGAUUGAUUAUGUUGUGCCAAAGGAAAUGGACAGGGGAAUACAAAUUUAUAUUCUGCGACGAUUGUAGUUUUAUAAAACCAAGGCCUAAAUCCAAACGAAAUAAGUUUCAAGAUAGCAAUUUUUCUUCUUUGGACACCAUCAUCAGCAACAUAAAUAAUAGUAGUAAUUUAAAUACUAUUCCUAGCGACAUCAUUAUACAUAAUGAUAUAGGAGAUAAAUCAAUGCCUAUUUCUAAGAACUUCACUAAAACCUAUAAAAAACGUUCAAAUGAAAAGAGAAGGGGCUCUUUUCUUCCUUUAGCAUCACCUCUCAAUCAUUUAGCUUUAAGAAUGUUUACAAAUCGUCGCAAAUCAUCUCCAGUUACUAGUCAAAAGUCCUUUUUCUCCCAAAAAGAUCAUGAUAAUUUUGCACUGAAUUCUUGUCGAGAUAAAGAUAAAAAAGAUGAGAAAUAUAAUAAAGAAAUUGGGAAUUUGCCUGAAUUCAAUAAGGGAAGUCUUGAUUCUAAAAGAAAGUCUAAGGUGUCCAAUGUUCUUAAAAAUAUCAGGGAGUCAUCAAACGAUAUAUUCCGACCUGUGAACGAAAAAAAAAUGAAAAUCAAUUUAUUCAACGAUUCUGCCAUGCCAAAGCUAAGGAAAUAUAGUUUGGCGACUCCUUAUAAUGAUGACAAUUUUUUAAGACCUCAUUCUAAUAAAAGUAUAAUUAACAGAUCAUCCACAAUGUCUUCAAGCAGUGGUUGUUUAACCAAUGACACCUCGAUUAGUGAUAAUUUUUCUGAAAAUCAAAUUAGUUAUAAUCUAGAUAAAACGGCUAAUGACUCAAUACCAAUCAAUUAUAAUGACCUCUGUAGUUUAACUAGUAGUCUUUGUGGUGUUUCACAUAGUCCAAUCAUUAAAAGAAAUCUAGAGGCAUUCGAUGAAAAUGGCAAAAAUCUUCCACCUCCCUACGUAUCGGCGAUUAAAGGUUUCAUGAGAAGGUCUUCUUCACUUCUAAGUAUCACCUCUUUCGGGCAUACAAACACAAAAAUAAUUUCACCUAAUAUAAAUAACGUUGAGAACAAGGCAACACCCGAGUCAAAAAAUAAUCCACAUCCAGGAAACAAUCGUAGUAGCAGAGUAAGUAAAAGGACUCAAAAUUUGUUGAUGUCUUAUUCUUCACCAUUUUUUGCCCAGGCUUUUGAUUCUUCUUCCGAGGAUGACGAUAGAAAUUUUAAAACCAACUUGUACAACAAUAAAAUAUUUAACAGCGAACCAAUACCGCCAUUAACGGAUAUAGUAGCUAUGAGAAAUGAUAAUAUUACCACUCGUAAUUACGACACUAUUGCUUGUUUAAGGGACAAAAAACAUAAAUAUCCACCUUUUAUACAAGCUCUUAGAAGCCCUCUUGAAUUCAAACCGCUAAAUUCAGUAAUAGCUCAUAUGUUUACAGUUCCUAAAGAUGGCAGCGUCCACAGAUUGUCUUACACAGGUGGCCAUAUAUGAAGGAGCAGUAUUUUUUAAAAAUUAAGAGUUUAAGUUAAAUAUAAUAUAUUUCAAAAAAUAUGGUGCUAAUUAUUUUUUACUCCUAAUAAUUUUUGUUUAGUUCUAUAAUAGAGACGUUGAAUUUUAUAUCGUUUUAUAUUAUAAUGAUUUACUAGUCAAAAAAUCUUUGCCUAAAGCUUGCACUAUUUAAAAAAGGGUUAAAAUACUAUAAUUCUCUUAACAUUAAUCUUAAUCAUAACAAAACCGAAUUUAUUUUUUAUUAGUCCUAUUACAGAUUAUUUCUUUAAAAAAAAUGGGGUGCGAGCUGGAGUCAAGGGGGAAAAGGUUAUUUUUUAGGAUUGAUUUAUAUUCAUGGUAUAAAAAGUUAUAAUUUAUGAUAAAUUUUUCAUUUUUUUUAUAAUUUAUUAUCUAAAUAAUACAUAUAUAUUGUAUAUUGUAUCACUUUUCAAAAUAUUCGAUCGAGCAAAUUUAAUAUUGUAAUAAAGAUAUAUAUAUAUAUAUGUGCAUGAUAAAAUAUCGUUGAUAUGGCUACCAUUUCAUUAUUUCUA